AUGGCUGAUUCGGUCAGGUCCUCGGACAAGAUCCCCCGGUCCCCCCUCAAGCCCAAGGUCAUCCGCUCCCAAAAGAUCUCUGGCCCCUCGCCCAGUGAUCCGCCUCGCCCCUCACCUCCGCCGCCCCUUGCCGGCCCCGACGAUCUCGAGGACUUCAGCGACCGUGACCUCGAUCACCGCCGCGUCCCCUCCGCCCCCGGCGGCCCCGCGUCCCGCUCCCACACUCCCGGUCACCUCGCAUCCAAGAGCCAGGAUCGCCGCCGCAAAACCUCCGACCUCUCCAUCCGCCAGCGUUCGCAAUCCGCCUCGCAAGCACAGGCGGCACAUCCACCUCCCCGUACUACCCCGACGAGCGCCAACACCCCCAAGCCGCCACCACCGCCGCCUUCUUCCUUCCGACCCAACAACACUACCGGUGAUGCCGUGACCUUGAACAGCAACGAUGGUUCCGAGUCCACCGGCGGCCCUGGAUCCGACCGUGAUGGCCGUCGCCCAGUUGCCAUGCGCUCCACGUCCGCCAUAGCCGGCAAGCAUUCACUCCCCCUCUCAUCUUCCUCAACACGCCAGCUUUCCACCACGACCUCUUCUUCCCGGUCUGCCCCCAAGGGCCAGCACACCCUCUUUCCGCCUCUUCAGGACCCCAAGACGGCACCGGAUGUACCCUCAGCUCCUUCGUCGGGCAUGUACUGGUCCCGCGCGCCCGUCUCAGGUGCGCCUCACACAUCACUUCGCGCUCAUACAACGACGCUGGUCGGGUCCAACAUCUUCGUGUUCGGGGGUUGCGACUCGCGUGCCUGUUUCAGCGAGCUCUACGUCUUUGAUGCCGACGCCUUUUACUGGUCUGUACCGCACGUCACAGGCGAGACCCCUGUGCCGCUGCGGGCGAUGACUUGCACCGCUGUCGGUAAGAAACUUGUCAUAUUUGGCGGUGGUGAUGGCCCCGCCUACUACAACGACAUAUACGUCCUCGACACGACGAAUUUUCGCUGGCACCGGCCCAAGAUUACGAGCGAACGUGUCCCUUCGAAACGCCGCGCUCACACGGCCUGUCUCUACAAGAAUGGCAUCUAUAUCUUUGGAGGUGGCGAUGGUGUGCGUGCUCUCAACGACGUCUGGAGACUCGACGUCAGCGACAUGAACAAGAUGUCAUGGAAGCUUGUCUCUGGGCCAGAGAGGGCCCCGCCUCCCGGGGUCCGGGAAACUCGCCCGAAACCCCGCGGCUACCACACCGCCAAUAUGGUAGGCAGCAAGCUUAUCAUCUUUGGUGGCUCCGAUGGCGGCGAGUGCUUCAACGACGUGUGGGUCUACGAUGUUGAUGCCCAUACAUGGAAGGCCGUCUCCAUCCCGCAGACUUUCCGCCGCUUGUCUCACACGGCUACCCUCGUGGGCUCCUAUCUCUUCGUCAUUGGUGGCCAUGAUGGCAACGAAUACUCCAAUGAUGUGCUCUUGCUGAACCUCGUCACCAUGACUUGGGAUCGCCGGCGUGUCUAUGGCUUGCCGCCAAGCGGCCGUGGUUAUCAUGGCACCGUGCUGUAUGACAGUCGUCUGUUCGUGAUCGGCGGCUUCGACGGCAGCGAGGUGUUUGGCGAUGUUUGGAUGUUGGAGUUGGCCGUGCAUUCAUAUUAUUCCCAAAUUAGCCACUUCACCAUCGAGGUUUGA